UCAUCAAAGAUCGUCUAUAAAAAGUCUCCCUCUUAUGACAUUCAUUCAAAUUGUAAACUAUGUUUUUGUCCUAUUUAACUUAUAUUAAUACUACCUUAACAGCGUUCUUAUAUAUAUAAUUUCUUAAAUUCAAAAUCUGCUAUUUGAAUUUUCUGAACGCUUUAAUCUAGAACACGACUUCAACUUUGUUACCUGGAAUUUUGAUUCGAGUGAGUGUUCUUCGCUCUCUCUGCGAUGCCAUGAAACAACCUCCACGUUCUUUUCCUCCUCUUAGUUUGACAUCCCAAAUGGAUGAUCCGUUCAUGCAUUGACUGCCGUCAGCAAGCGCGAGGACAGGUGUGAUGCUGGGACGAGGAAUAUCGACAUAAACGAGGAGUCCUCGCUGUCCGCGCCGUAAGAAAGCAUGCAGCGCGCUGGAUGUUGAUGUUACUCUGACAGCAACCACCGGGACUCUCUGAUGCUCGGAGUCACUGUCUCCGCUGUGCUGUGGGGUAAAGAUAAAGAGUCAUGGCUCCUCAUCCAGCGGUCCAGGCCGUCAUUGAUCUUUCUGCAGGAGCUAUAGGGGGCGCCGCGUGCGUCUUCGCCGGACAGCCUCUGGACACGGCAAAAGUCAAGAUGCAGACUUUCCCCAGGAUGUACCGCGGCUUCGUCCACUGCCUCACCUGCACCUACCAACAGGUGGGGCUGCGAGGCUUCUACCAGGGCACCACUCCGGCGCUGAUGGCCAACAUCGCCGAGAACUCCGUGCUCUUCAUGAGCUACGGCUUCUGCCAGCAGGUCAUCCGCUUCACGGCGGGAUUGCACAAGGACGCCGUGCUGAGUGACAUGCAGAGAGCCAGUGCUGGCUCGGUGGCGUCCAUCUUCUCCUCGCUGGUUCUCUGCCCCACCGAGCUCGUUAAAUGCCGCCUGCAGGCCAUGUUUGAGAUGGAGGCGUCAGGGAAGAUUGCUAAGAGCCAGAACUCGGUGUGGUCCGUGGUGAAGUUCAUCAUAAGGAACGAGGGUCUUCCAGGCUUCUUCCAGGGUCUGACCACCACCAUAGCCAGAGAGGUUCCCGGCUACUUCUGCUUCUUUGGUGCUUACGAGCUCUCCCGCACCUUGUUUGCAGACUACAUGAGGUGCAAUAAGGAUGAUAUAGGUGUUUUGGCGACCAUGUUCAGCGGCGGAUUGGGCGGGGCUUGCCUCUGGACUGUGGUCUACCCGAUGGACUGCGUCAAAUCCCGCAUCCAGGUCAUGUCUUUGACGGGCAGGCAGGCUGGCUUCUUCAAGACCUUCAUGGCUAUCGCCCGCGCCGAAGGCAUCCGGACGCUCUACUCUGGUCUCACCCCCACCCUGGUCCGCUCCUUCCCGGCCAACGGAGCUCUGUUUCUGGCUUACGAGGCGAGCAGGAAGCUCAUGAUGCAGCAGUUCGAUGGCUGAUGCUCAAGAGGAGGAGCAGGACCUCCUGUUUCUAGUUGUGAAACUGCCACACUCCUUCUGACUUAUACUAACAAAUGCCUUUCAUAGUGUUAACUUUUAGUUUGAAAAGAUGCUUAUAUUUAACACUACAGAGUUUACGUGCAUUACGGCAGCGCUGAUCCAACUCCAGUUUCUUAACUCCAGUCUACCUCAGCACACGAACAGGAGGAAGACUGGCAUGUAGGGAAGCUAACCGUGAAGCACAAAUGAUUUUUAAAAAGAAAUCCUAUUUUAAUGCUUUUAAAUUUUAGGUAAAAAUACAAGAAUUAUAUUAUUAGCAUGUCAUCCUUUCUUGUUAUUUAUAAGCUGCAGCAUUUUUAAUUCAGAGGAAAACCUUUUGGCCCAAACUUUUAUUCUUAACUUUGAGUUUUUCUGGUGUUUAAGGCGACUUUGUUGAAGGACUGACAGAAUUCAAAAACAAAACUAUUCAAACUUGUGCCUUUUUUAGUUUUAGUUUUGUGAAUUUUCCAUUUUUUAUUAGUUUGCUGCUCCAUGUUCCACUCCUGUGGUUUUUAUCCUCUUUUUUUCAAACUGUGUUGCCUUUUCUUUGCCAUCACUCCACUUUUUGUGUUUACAUGAAAAAUCAAGCAAAUAUCCUUUUUUGUGCCAAGUCUGCCCUUUUUGUUUCCACAAAAUGAACCAUAUUGAUGUUUUUUUCUAGAUGUGUCAAACUUCCCUGAAUUAUUCAAGGAAGAUCAGAGAUGUGGUGCAAUCAUGUCCCUUUCCAGCUGUGGUUGGGGUCACUUUGGUUCAAACUGGUGCUAUAACUUUGUGCUGCCCGUUUUAAAUGACAGCAAGAGCAGAAUAAAGAGGAUGGAAACAGAAAGUAAAUAUAUCAAUAAUCAGUCUCUGAUACUGAACUCAAGACGCCUACAGACUCUGCAGCACAUGAAGAUAUUUAAGACAAAAUACUGAUUUAAAGCUCCGAUAGAUUUCAUAACAUGCUACUUUUCACUUUAUGUAUUAAAUUUGUAUUAAUAGGUAUACAAAUGGAAAUAUUGCUUGAUUUUUUUUCCAAAAAUCAACAUUAAAGAUGCCAGUAAAGAUCUUAAA